AUGAGGAGACCCUUGGACUACGCUAGCCGCACUUUUCUUCCUCCAUUCCUUCCUCCAUCCCUCCUUAAUCCUCGCCUUGGCCUCCAGCCAGCUGAAUCAGCAUCGGCAGCCAAGCAGCCCGCCUGCGCUCCAGAGAGAGAGAGAGAGAGCAGGGGACGGCAGGCAGGGGAGAGUGCAAGCAGCCUGAGACGCAACCCUACAGCGCAUCCCAAGGGCUUCGUCAACCCAAAAAUCUUCCUGUCACGAAUUUGAAGUCGGGCGGGCGAAGGGCGAAGGGCGAAGGGCGUGUGAGUGAGUGUCUGUGAACAUAAAUGGUCUCGCAGCGUCCGGGGGCGAUCCCUGUAGAGCAGGGAGAGGGAGAGGGUUGCUGGCCUUGCGCAUCCGAGUCGGCACAUGGCGAUUUAAUUCGCCCUAACCAUGACUCGGGCUGGGCCCAAGUGCAUGUGGCAUGCAAUCCGACUGGGAUCGCAAAUCUGCGAUGUGUCGGGCUCGCACGGCCGAGUGCGCUUGCAGGGUCGAGGGUUACAUACUCGUGCUC